UACAUAUAUAAGAUAUAAGAUGUUUCAUUUUGGUUCAAUUUAUCUUUUGCUUGAUAGUGAGAAGAGCACAUCAUUAUUGGUUGGUUGAUGCACAACGCUGACUUUCUUUUCAACUAAAUGGGUGAUAAGGAGGGUCGAACAGCACCAGAGGAAAAUGUACUUCAUUUCUCCAGCCUCGAAGGUAGUAAGGAAGCCAGGAAUUCAACACCAAUAAUUCGCGUGGGCUUUGCUACUCCCGAGCACUUAGGAAUUGGAAACGACGUAAAUUUACCUUCUAGCAAACCGAAUAAAAAACCCAAUGAGCAUGGGAUAACCGGGGGCUCAGUUGCUUCCACUAAGAAUACAAAUGAACAUGAAGAAAAUAUGCGACAUGGAAAGGAUUUUGUGGAUGCAUUAAAUAAAGAUGAAACAGAUGCUGCGAAGAGGAUGAGUCCUGAACACGAGGAAGUUGGUAACGAAAGUGAAAAAGUUGAUUGAAGAUCCGAACAUAGAUCGGACUUGUAAACAAGACGAAACUUUAAACCUUAAGCUGGCUCGUUCGCACUUAGUUUCUAGUUAUUUAUGUUCAAUUUUAGUUAGCUACUUCCGAAUUCUUUGAUGUAUAAGAGCACUUAUUUGAACACUAGAAAUUUAACUAGUAAACUGAAUAACUUACUAAUUCACUGUACUCACUUUAUUUAUUAUUGUGCUUCUAAAAUGA